AUGAUGUCUCUUGGUGUCAGCAAAGGGGGUGUUAUCCCACCUAGUGAAGAAGAUCGCAAGAAGAUCAUCAGACAGAUGAAGGUACGCACCACACUAAAAGGAGAUAAGAGCUGGAUCUACCCACAAAACUCAGACAAUGAGGAGGAGAUGAAGAGCAGCCCAUUGCACUCACCAUGUAGGUCUGGCAAGAUCGACGGGGGAUCCCCAGCCUCAGCAUCUGUUACACCCCACGGUGACAGGUUGCCAGGUUCCAAGCCCACCUCCGGUUACCUCAUCAGGGGGGUGUUCACCAGGACCAUUGACAAGACUCCGCCCGAGAGCACCUUCUAUUCCAAUGGCACGCAGAAAAGUGCUGCAGCUCAGGCUAAGAGUGCCAACCUCCCCCACUUCUCCUCCGGAUACAAGAUGACAACUGAGGAUUACAAGAAACUGGCUCCAUUCAAUGUCAGGCAAAUAUCAGUGGAGUCAGAUGAAGAGAAACCAUCCUUUUCCCCAGAUGAACAUAAGAAGAGGACAGAGGCAGCCAACAGUGUACUGAGGCGCACAGCCAGCAGGGAGCGCUCUUACGUCCUCUCUGCUGCCAAGAAAAGCCAUGGAAGCCCAACACAAGAAGUAUCACCCUUCAUUGCCAAGAGGGUUGAGAUUGAGGAGGAAGGAGGACUGCGCAUGCAGAGUCAGAUCCUUCCGGCUUCAUCAAGGUUCGGUCUUGGUGGCAAAAGUGAUAAAGUGGAUGAGGAGAAGCCUGUUGGGACUUCUCCAGGUGAAGCAACAACAUCCAAACCCGCUCUGGCUACGGGCAGAAGUGAAGAAAGAGUUAUAAAUGUCCCCAAGCCAAUGCCUCAAAGUGAAAUAAAGUUGAGAGUCACCUCCUCCCCAGAGAAAAGUGACAAACCAGUUAAAGAGGAGCCUGACCUGAUCUCCUGGGAUGAAUCGAUUCCAAAAGCCACCACCAUUUCCACAGGGGAAAGCUAUCCUGAUUCCCUAGAGGCUGACAAUGAAUUUGACCCAAUAAAGUCCAACUCAUAUUAUAUGGACAAUACAGCUGACCCCCCAUCUGAGACACGCCACUGGUACAGGGUUCCUGAAUACCUGGAUGACACAAAUUCUGACCUCACAAGGUCCAGCCCUCACUCUAGAGACAUCCCCGCACAUCACACUGAUGCCAGAUUCACAGUCCCUGGAUACCUGGGUGAUACAGAAUGUGACCCUAAAAGAUCUGUCCCAUGCUAUGAGGAGAGACGUCCCACAAGAGAGAUCAGAUACGAGAGUACCAGAGCCACAGAACACAAAGAGCCUGAACUGAAUGUGGCAAAGUCCAGCCCUUCUUCUGGAGACAGCAGCGCUGUUACCCAAGAGGUCCGAUACAAAGUCCCCAUGCACCUGGAUGAUGAAGAAUUUGAUUUCAACAGGUCCAGCUCUCAUUCUACAGAAAGCAAUGUUACUAUCAAUGACCCAAGACACAGAAUCCCUGGGUGUAUGGAGGUUGGGGAAUUGGAUCCUGAAAGGCUUUCUCCCUUGAAGGGCAAUACUGAGGACGCUGAGAAUGAGAACAUAUCUACUACCCGAUCCAAGCCUCUUACCACUAGAAAGCACACUGAGCCUGACGUGAACACGGCACAAACUGUCCCAGGUUAUGAAGGGAGAAGCAGCCCCAGGGACACCAGAUACGAGAGUCCUAGAGCCAGAGGGCACAAUGAAUUUGACCCCAAUAUGGGAAGGCUUCCCUCAGCUUCAAGCGAGAGGAUCUCCAUGUCUACUGCCAGCUCUCAGUACCACAGUCCAUCAGCCAUGGGAUACAAAUCCAACCCCAGCACUGCAAGCAAAGGGAUCCUCUUUGUGAAGGAGUAUGUAAACAGCCGUGAGUUAUCUCCACGCGACAGCAGUGACAGCCUAGUUGAUUUGUCUGACAUAGAGAGAGCAAGCUACCUGCACAGCAGCGCCUCCCAGAGGUCAUGUGAAGGUGUCUGCACUUACUGUGGCCAUGAGAUCCGAGACUGUCCUAAGAUAAUGAUAGAACAUCUCAACGUUUACUGCCAUGAAUACUGCUUUAGGUGUGGGAUUUGCCAUAAGGCAAUGGGAGACCUCCUGGAUAAAAUAUUCAUUCAUCGGGACAUUGUCCACUGUGACCAGUGCUAUGAGAAGCUCUUCUAG